UUUUUGAGGGGUGGGGGUGGGGGGGAAUAGACAAAACAUUUGUCAAUUUCCAGUUGAUGUCCAUGAAUGCAAACACCAUGAUUUUCAUGAUCCUGGGGGCCUCUAUCGUUAUGAGUUGACCAGAUGCCUUGGUUAUGGGCUCUUACAGGCAAUAGCUUGCUUGAUGGACAUGAAUGCGCUGUUGGACCGGUUUCACAAUUACAUCUUACCGCAUUUAAGAGGAGAAGAUCGAGUUUGCCACUGCAACUGUGGAAGGCAUCAUGUACAUUAUGUUAUUCCAUACGACGGGGACCAGUCGGUGGUGGAUUCCUCGGAGAAUUACUUUGUGACUGACAAUGUCACCAAGCAGGAGAUUGAUCUGAUGUUGGGACUUUUGCUGGGCUUUUGUAUAAGCUGGUUUCUGGUGUGGAUGGAUGGAGUUCUCCAUUAUGCUGUGCGAGCCUGGAGAACCAGCCGACGGUACGACAAUUCUUGGUCUUGGAUUCCGAAAUUUUGUAACUUGAAGGAGUUCAGGAAACGUCAGCACAGGCAGUACGAGGAGGCCACGGGGAACAUGGUGCACAUCAAACAGAAGCUGUAUCAUAACGGACAUCCCAGCCCCCGACACCUCUGAGAAACGCCUUCCCCUCCAGAGACUGCAAAGCGAUUUUAGAACUGGGCUUUUAGGGGAACGCCUGUGAGUUUGCUCCUCUAUGGAAGACAGUGGAGGACGCCAUUUUAUUUAUCUAGGCGGGGUGAUUCUGAGGCACACCGCGAAUGCACAACUAAGCCAGUUCUGGCUGCAAGGCAGCCAAGACAUUGCACUGUGUUCGUUUUAUUGUCGGACUUCUGUAUAUAUGUUUAAAAAAAGGGCGGAGGGGGGAAAGAUUUGCAUUAUACUUCCAAAUCCCCCUCCCCACUGUUUGAAAUUCUCCUGCACCGUCAGUGCACCUCUUUUGGGAUCUGCUCUCCGAAGAGGUUAACGAUGCUCAGGCGAGAGCUAGAAGCCUUUCAACUUGGUUUGCUCCAUGAUGUUUCCUUUCUGAGGCUGACUCAUGCCGCCGCAGGUUUGGAGGGGGGCUCGUGCUGGUGCGUUUCCAAGGUGCAGUGUCCCUUUUCGUUAGUUAUUUUUUGCGGUCAAUGAAGUUCUAGAAAUACACAAA